AUGCCUCUGCCGUUGCACCAUUCGGCCUGGGUGGUCAUCGUACCUUCACCAGCUCAAACAUGUACCGCUGGUUCGUCAAAGGGCACCCUACGCAUCAAGAAGCGCCCAGCUAACAUCUUCCCCCAAAAUGCCGGCAGCCCAGCAUAUGCCCCCGUCUUCGGCGCCCUGGGCUGCUGCUCAGCCAUCACGCUGACCGUCAUCGGCGCCUCCUACGGCACCGCCAAGUCGGCCCCCGCCAUCUUCGCCUCGGGCGUCCUGCGCCCCGACCGCCUCAUGCAGAACACGCUGUGCGCCGUCAUGGCCCAGAUCCUGGCCAUCUACGGCCUCGUCGCCUCCGUCCUCAUCGCCGGCGACCUCAGGGAGAAGACGACCCUCUUCGCCGCCUUCCUGCAGCUCGGCGCCGGGCUCGCCGUCGGGCUGAGCGGCAUGGCGGCUGGUUUCAGCAUUGGCAUCAUCGGCGAUGCGGGCGUGAGAGCGAGCACCCAGCAGCCCAGGCUCUACUCUGGCAUGGUGCUGAUUCUCAUCUUUGCCGAGGUGCUGGGGUUGUACGGGGUCAUCGUGGCCAUUUUGAUGCUCACCAGGUCGAAAGUUGAUGUGACCGUGUGCGAGAUCUGAAGCCCCCCUUUUAGUGCUCGAAACGCUGCCUUUAAACUUGACAUGGACAAGAUUGGCGUUCGCAAACUCUCAGGCUGGAGGAUUGGUAGUGAAAGCGCUUAGGUCACUUUGACUGCGAGUGACGUUGUGGGUUCAGUCGUACGAUAGUGGUGAAGAGAAAUAAAAAAUACCAACCUGAAGCUCAUGCGCAGCUCUCAAUAUCGCCGCC